UGGGCUCAAGUGUUUACAGUGUAGUGCGCUGUACAUUCCGAAAGGGGGCCAUUUUGUAUUCGAGUACAGCUCUUUUCUGUCUGUGCUGCAGCGUGUUCCUCUGUUCCCCCCCUCCCCUUUGUUCUUUCUCUCUUUCGGCAUCCCCCCAUCCCCCACUACCUCUCUCCUUCUCUCCAUCUCCUACUCUCACCAUGAGUGUGUGUAUGUGUGUGUGAAUGCUUCAGCGUUUCCAUACCGCCUGCAAAAACAGCCACCGAAUCGCUGAAGCAAAAAAAAAAAAAAAAAAAACCGAGCCGGAGGAGAAAAGGCAGAGCAAGGCCAGAGGAAAGGCAAGGAACACGUCCAUAACGGAGUAUUACCCACUUAUCAGCCUCUGUAAAUUUUAUAUCGAGUUGCAUAUCCAUCCCUUCUUCAUUUGCCUUUGCUUCAGUGAGAAUGGCAGGCGGACCUCCUUCUGACAAAUACACUUUUCUCUACCCGACAGACAGCAGCUUAAAGAGUAAGGGCAGAGUAUCCAGUAUGAACCCUGUGUACAGUCCAGUGCAGCCUGGGACUCCAUAUGGAAACCCCAAAACCAUGGCCUACACAGGUUACCCAGCAGGCUAUCCCACUGCAGCUCCUGCCUACACACCAAGCCUCUAUCAGACAGGCAGUCCAGGGUACCCUCCAGGAUACUCCACAGGCACCCCGUAUAAAGUCCCCCCAUCUCAGUCAAAUGGAGCUCCUCCUCCUUAUUCACCCUCUCCAAGCACGUACCCCUCAGCCAUGUACCCGAUCCGCAGUGCCUACCCCCAACAGAACCUCUACACUCAGCAUAUACAGCCGGUACAGGACAGCUACUACAGGACCAACAUAGACCUUCUUUACCAGUUUAAGGGAGCCUACUACACCCAACCUGUGUAUGCUGCACAGCCCCAUGUUAUCCAUCACACCACAGUGGUGCAGCCUAACAGCAUUCCCUCUGCCCUGUACCCUGCCCCAGUGCCCCCUGUGACCCCCCGUCCCAGCGCACUCACCAUGGGCAUGGUGGCAGGAACCACAAUGGCCAUGUCUGCAGGAACACUGCUGACCACACCCCAGCACACUCCCAUUGGUGCACACCCCGUCACGGUGCCAACGUAUCGUCCGCAAGGAACACCUGGCUACAGCUACGUGCCACCUCAUUGGUAGAGCCCACCUGUCAAUCAUAUCUGGAGUUAAACGUCGUAUGCAAAAUCCUCAAGUGUUACACGGGCUCUCUGUGAUCAGCAGCCGCGUCUGCCGGAACAGAAGAAAAAAAAAAAAGGGUCACUUUAUGCAUUCUUACGUCUUUUUGUAAAAGCUGCUUUUUUAAUUUAAUUUUAUCCCUUUAGUUUUUUAUCCUAAUUUAACUUCCUUUUGUGUUUCAAUCUACCUAUUCCUGACCUAUAUUGUUGCUUUUUUUUUAUCGAAAUUAUUAACAACCAACUCCUGCAGAAACUCCAGAAUGAUUUUGACCAAUUGCGACUUUGAAACAAUGUGCGUUUUUAUGUUGUUAUUGUUGUUCCAUAUUUCCACCAGCGAGUGGAAAUGUACAUUGCACCAUGCUCAUCAUCUGUCGGUCAUGCCAAAUAUUACAAGUUUUAGAUAGUAGUGCAGGGUUUUUCUUUACAUUUGUGUAGAUUUGUAAUUUUCAGAUUCCCUUUUCAGAAGGGCUGUUUUUCAGUUUUAUUUUCACACAGAUUUCUUCUGUUCAACUUCUAGCAUUGAUAACAAGGUUGUCUUCCAGCUUGUAGCAGAUUAUUAGGUACAUUUGUAAUAAGUUUAGCAGUAUGUAGGGCAGCUCGACGUGUUUGGAAAGUUCAUUUCAAUGUCGAGUGCUUACACUAAUCUUAGUUAUUCACUUAGUAGAGGACUAGAGGUUUCUUUAUUUAUUGGAUCAUCUGGAUAGAGUAAGCUUCUAAAUUAUGACAUGCUUAUUAUAUUUAUAUAGAUGCAUGUGAUGUGCAGAGAUGUGCUCUUGCAAUGGGUUGCAAUUGCGCAUACAAGCCGAAACACCUGAAGGCAAGUGAUGUAAAAAUGGCACUUAAGCUGACGGAUCAGGGUCAGGUUUUAUCUGAAUGUGAAAUACAUGCCAACAGGGGAUGUUUAGGAUCUGAUAUUACCCUAUUUUAGUAUUCAGGAUCUCUAAAUGACAGUGGACUGGAAGUAUGAAACACAUGAACAAACCAAAAACGAAGCAGCAAAUCAGCAAACAAUACAGUAAAUAAGGUAACUGUAAUAUCCUCAGCACUUAAAGGGAUGUUCCUUAUUAAACAUCACAAGUGUUUGGCUUGUCGGCUACAGUGCACAUCAUUCUAAAAGAGAAAAAAAAAAUUUUUUAACUGAUUUUUACAGCAAGACGAAAUACAAGACGAUUUACAACAUAUGUUGUCAACUUUGCAUUAAAAUAAAUCCGAUAACACUACAAAUAGUCUAACAAUCAAUACAACUUUAAAGGAAAAGGGUUUUUUUAGAAGCAAGAAUUACUCAUCACUAUAGUAAAUUAAAUAACUUUGCAUUAAAUAGCACUUGCUAGGCUGACUAAAAACAUUUUUGUUCAUGAUAGUCAUUCUUCAGUAACUAUCCAAUACCUAACAAGCUUGUGAUGAUCAAUCAUGAUCAAAACUUGAUCAAUAAUGAUCUUGCCAUUUUGACUUAAUGUUUUUGGGUUUCUGAAAUUGUUGUUACAUUUUUGGUUUGUUCAUGAGUUUUGCAUUUACGGAAUGGAUUUAAAGGAAUUUUAUAAUGCAUUAUAUAGCAUUGGGAAUCAGACAGUAUUGAUAGUAAUAAUUCAUGGAAUAACCUGCAUUCACAUUAAAAGUUGACAAAG